AUGGGUCAAAAGAAAAAGAAAUUAGCAAAGGGACGUUUGGACAAGUUCUACUACUUGGCCAAGGAGCAAGGUUUUAGAUCUCGUGCCGCUUUCAAGUUGAUUCAAUUGAACAAGAAAUAUAACUUUUUGGGCUCUGCUAAAGCUUGUUUAGAUCUUUGUGCUGCCCCAGGUGGUUGGAUGCAAGUAGCUUCAAAAUAUAUGCCAGCUCAAUCUGUUAUUGUUGGUGUCGAUCUCGAUCCAAUUCGUCCAAUUCGUAAUUGUAUUGGUUUACAAGAAGAUAUUACAACUGCCAAAUGUCGUGCAGAAAUCAAGAAAGCUCUUAAAACUUGGAAGGUUGAUAUAUGUUUACAUGAUGGUGCACCAAAUAUGGGUACUUCAUGGAUUCAAGAUGCUUUCCAACAGGCAGAACUUACAUUACAUGCACUUAAAUUGGCAACAGAAUUUUUGACAGCAGGUGGUUGGUUUGUCACCAAGGUUUUCCGUGGUCCCGAUUACAAUUCAUUGAUGUGGGUAUUCCAUCAACUCUUUAAAAAGGUAGAUUCCACCAAGCCACAGGCCUCUCGUAACGCCUCUGCCGAAAUUUUCGUCGUUUGUCAAGGUUUCUUGGCACCAAAGAAGCUCGAUCCAAAGCUUCUCGAUCCAAAGCACGUCUUUAAAGAAGCCGAGACCAAGGUCGAAGCUAGAGACGUUCUCAAGGAAAUCAAGAUUGGCAAGAAGAUUCGUCACCGUGACGGUUACGAAGACGAUGCCUCUGAUUUGCGUAGCAUCGGUCGUGUCAAGGACCUCAUCGAAGCCAACGACCAUCUCCAAAUGUUGGGCAAGUACUGGUCGUUGCAAUGGGAUGUCGAGUCCAAGAUCUACGAGGACCAUCCCCUCACCACCAAGGAAAUCAAAGAGUGUCUUGCCGAUCUCAAGGUGCUCGGUAAGACCGACUUUAAGAAACUCAUCAAAUGGAAGCAAGAGAUGUACAAGUACAAGGAAGAUUUAGACGGCAUCAAGGAAGAGGCCAAGGAAAAGCAAGAGGAAGAGGCCAAGGAGGAAAAGGGCGAGCUCGACCCACACCGUCCAUACACACCCGAAGAGUUGGAAGACAACCUCGACAGACUCUUGCAAGAGAACAUGGACAAGUUGGCAAAGAGAAAAAAGAAAGAAAAGAAAAAGGAGAGUGCAAAGCACAAGGAAGACCAAAGAAGAGUGCAUUUGGGUAUGACCAUCCAGGGUGACUCGUUGGAGCAAUCGGAAGAGGCCCAUCUCUUUGGCUUGGGUCAAGUCGACAAGGAUGCACAAGAAGAUUUUGGAGAUACUGUCCACGCCGACAUUGAUGUUGGAGGUGACGAAGAUUUCGAUAUGGGCUCUGGCUCGGAAGACGAGGACAGCGGCGACGAGUUGGACGACAUGGAAAUGAUGGAACAACAGUUGGAUCUCGCCUAUGAAGAGUAUUUGCGUAACGCCAAGGGCAAGAGAAUCAUGGCCUUUGAUGUCACCAAGGUCACCAAGGACAAGUUUAUUCAAGACGACGACAAUGAAGAUCAGGACCAACAAGAUGACAUUAUCGGUGACUCUAUCGAAGACCAAGACACGUUGACCGAAAAGACAAAGAAAUCAAAAUCUACCGAUUUGUUGUUGGGCAAGAGAAAGCCAUCCGACAGCUCGUUUUUCAAGAACCCAUUGUUUGCAGGUGUCGACGGUGACGACGAUGCUGCCAUAGACCCAGAUUUGGACAUCAAGAAGCCAAUCAAAAAGGUCGGCCAAGUGCAAAAGGAGGAGGAGGAAAAGGAGGAAAAGAAGUUGGCAGCAAAGAAGCAAAAGAGAGAAAAGGACCCAGACGCCGACAUUCCACUCACCAAAAAACAACAACGUAGACUCCAACAAAAGGCAAACAGAGAAAAGAAAGUAGCAUACAAGCUCAGAAACAAGGAAGUUUCAGACGACGAAGAGGAAAGCUCGAGCAAGAAAAAGAACAAACAAGGUUUUGAGGAAGUACCAGCCGAGCCAGAGUAUGGAGACGAUAGAUUCGACGAAGAUGCCAUCACCUACUUGCCAAUGGAAAAGGAUGUCGAAUACGAGAGUGACUCUGAAGAAGAGGAAGACGAAAAGAUCAAGACCUUGGCUAUCGGAACUGCCAUGCUCAGAAAGAAGGCCAAGCAAGACAUUGUCGACGACGCCUACAACCGUUACGCCCACAACGAUCGUGAUGAACUCCCAGCUUGGUUCAUGGACGACGACAAGAAACAUUCCCAACCAAAUAUCCCAAUCACCAAAGAAAUGGUCGAAGAAAUCAAGAGAGAGAUCCGUCUCAUCAACUCUCGUCCAAUCAAAAAGGUUGCCGAAGCCAAGGCCAGAAAGAAACGUCUCCAGAUGGCUAAAAUGGAAAAGGCCAAGGAUAAGGCUACUUCUGUUAUUGAUAACAGUGAUAUGACUGGCAGAGAAAAGACCCGUGCCCUCGAAAAGAUCUACAAGAAUGCCGAUGCCACCAAGCGUGCUCAAAAGAUUACCCUCAUUUCUCGUAGUUUCAAGACUGGUGGUGGUACCAACAAGGCUUACAAGGUCGUAGAUAGAAGAUUAAAGAAGGAUAUGAGAUCUCAAAAAGCAAAAGAAAAGAGAAAACCAAAGAAACAUUAA